AUGAAGACCUUCCUCAUCUUUGUCCUCCUUGCCAUGGCGAUGAACAUCGCCACUGCUGCUAGGCAGCUAAACCCUAGCAACAAAGAGCUACAAUCACCUCAACAAUCAUUUUCCCAUCAACAACAACCAUUUCCACAGCAACCAUAUCCACAACAACCAUAUCCAUCACAGCAACCAUAUCCAUCGCAACAACCAUUUCCCACACCCCAACCACAAUUUCCCCAGCAAUCACAACAACCAUUUACCCAGCCCCAACAACCGACCCCCCUACAACCACAACAACCAUUCCCCCAGCAACCCCAACAACCACAACAACCUUUUCCACAGCCGCAACAACCAUUUCCCUGGCAACCACAACAACCAUUCCCCCUACGACCGCAACAACCAUUUUCCCAGCAACCCCAACAAUCACAACAAUCAUUUCCCCAGCCCCAACCCCAGCAACCCCAACAACCAUCCAUCCUGCAACCACAACAACCAUUUCUGCAGCCCCAACAACAAUUAUCCCAGCAACUAGAACAAACAAUUUCCCAGCAACCCCAACAACCAUUCCCCCAGCAACCACACCAACCUCAACAACCAUAUCCACAACAACAACCAUAUGGGAGUAGUCUUACAAGCAUCGAUGGCCAAUGAAAUGAAGACCUGUAAUACAAGACGGAUGGAUCAUCGUUGUUUAGUCAAUGAGUGUUCAAUGUAAUGAUGAUAAAUAAAGUGAUGUGCACCAUAAUGUGUAACCCCGACCUAUACUAGUUCAAACAUGGGAAUAAAAGACAAAGGAAGUUCUUGUCACAAA